UAUGAGGUGAUGGAUAAAGGUGAGAAGCACGUGGUGGAUGUCUUCAAAAGAGUAUGCUCUUGUAGAAGAUGGCAACUAACUGGUAUCCCUUGUCCUCAUGCCAUUUCUGCUAUAAAUCAUAGACAAGAUGAUGCAUAUGACUAUAUUGAUGAGUAUUAUAAAAAAACCAAGUUCUUAGUUGCAUAUGAGAACAUGAUACUACCAGUUCAAGGAGAGAAAUUUUGGAAAAGGACUAAUAUGGAGCCACCAGAACCACUUCCAGCCAAAGUAAAGCCCGGUAGACGUAAACAGAAAAGAUCAAGGGAGGAAGGCGAGGUGGCGCGUGGAACUAGAAUGUCAAGGAUAGGAAUGAAGAUGACAUGUCGAACAUGCUUGAAAACAGGACAUAAUAGCUCAACGUGUCCAAUCAAGAAGACUGGGUCUACAUCAUCGCAAACACGAUUUUCAAGGCCAAAACUUUCGGUUGAAAAACGUUCGGGCAAUGUUAAUGUAAGUGGUAGUACUGGUGGCCAUACUAGUGUGAAUGUUGAACAUACAAGUGCCAGAAGUUGCUCGUCAAAGAGGACAAGAAGUGAAACACCACAGAUAUCACCACAGGUUGAAUCAACAUCAUUUGCACGUGUAGCUAAAAUUCCAGCAAAAGAAGUAAGACCAUCAAGGAAGAAGAAAAAUGGCAAAAAUAUUGAGAGGAAGCAAUGUUGACAGGAAGCACUUGCGGGAUUGGGUUUAAGAAGAUACUGUCAUAAUUAUGUUCUUUUUAUUUUUAUUUUUGUCAUUGAUCGUUGAUCAGUAAUAGCGGGAUAAUUUGUGGUAUUUGACUU